GUGCAUGUGGGGGCUGCUUGGGAGCCGCGGCGGCUGCAGCUGGAGCGCGGUGCCAGCCCGUCCCUGGCUCGCUGGGACCGGGCGCGCUGGCCGGAGAGCCCCUCGCGAGCGUCGCCCCACCUGCCCCGGGCUCACCCUUUUUCUCUCGCUCUGACUGCAGCUGACCCCGCGAAGGGAGCCGACAGGGCCCUGGGCUGAAGGAAAUAACCCCACGGAAGGAACAUGAGGUUCCCUUGGAAAUCAUUCAAGAGGAAGGUGGAAGGGGCUAUUUAAAAAGGAUUAAAAGCUGUAGACUGCAAGACUGGGGCCUGAGGGCUGGCAGUGGAAAACCCUGUUGGGUUGCGAUCUCUCACUCAAAAGUUCCAGGUGCCUUUUUGAUUCCUGCAAAAGGAAGGAAACAAAAGAGAAGACCAUGUCCAUAGCCCUGAAACAGGUAUUUAACAAGGACAAGACCUUCCGGCCUAAGAGAAAAUUUGAACCCGGUACACAGAGGUUUGAGCUACACAAACGGGCCCAGGCGUCCCUCAACUCGGGUGUGGACCUGAAGGCAGCCGUGCAGCUGCCCAGCGGGGAGGACCAGAACGACUGGGUGGCUGUACACGUGGUGGACUUCUUCAAUCGGAUCAACCUCAUCUACGGCACCAUAUGUGAGUUCUGCACCGAGCGGACCUGCCCUGUGAUGUCAGGGGGCCCCAAAUAUGAGUAUCGAUGGCAGGAUGACCUCAAAUAUAAGAAGCCGACAGCAUUGCCAGCUCCCCAGUACAUGAACCUUCUUAUGGACUGGAUCGAGGUUCAGAUCAACAAUGAGGACAUAUUUCCAACAUGUGUGGGUGUUCCGUUCCCAAGGAACUUCCUUCAGAUCUGCAAGAAGAUCUUGUGCCGCCUUUUCCGGGUCUUUGUCCAUGUCUACAUCCACCACUUCGACCGAGUCAUUGUGAUGGGCGCAGAGGCCCACGUCAACACCUGCUACAAACACUUCUAUUACUUCGUCACAGAGAUGAACCUCAUAGACCGCAAGGAGCUAGAGCCCUUGAAAGAGAUGACGAGCAGGAUGUGUCACUGAUGCUCCACCUUGCCCUUUGGAAGAAAGGAAAGCCGUUUCCUCCUGGAGCCCUGUGUGGGCAGGAGGUAGACCUCCCUGGCUGAGAGGGCGCAGCAGGGGUGGAGGCAAGCUGUCACUCCUGAGGGACGCUCCCCACUCACUUCGUGUGCUCUUAACCCUCUGAGUGCUGCUAGCCCAGACCUGUGGACCAGGCAGACCACACCGUGAAGGAAGGACCAGCCGCUUGACGCUCUGGCUCAGGAAUCGUCAGGAGGAAGCCUCUGCACUCCAUGCACGUCACAGUUCUGCCUGUGACCUGCCGCCUAAGCUUUACUGGAAUUCAGGUUUUGAGACUGAGAUGCUUAUUUGUACUUUUCCACUUGUCUGUCUUGUCAGCUGGCCGACUUUUCUGUAACUGGUUUUCUAAGUACCGAAUGAAUUUUGGAACUCCAGAUGCCCAGCAAGUUUUUCUGCAACCAGCCUUCUUUUCAGAUCUCUGAAAGCUCCUGCUCUGAUCUUGUGGUUUAACAUUGUGCAGGACUGUGGAGCUCUGAGAGAUCCGAAGUCCCCCCGUUACACCUCCAGCAACAUUCGUACA